AUGGAUCCAAACCAGUUUAAAAUGUUUCUGGAGCACCAGACAAAUUUGUUUUCGCAGCUGCUCCAAGGUAUGCAAGCUUCAAGCAAGCAGACUGCCGCACAAGUGCAGACGCAGGCUCAAUCAGCAGUGCAAAGACCGAGCGCAUCCAGUAUCCAGGUACCGCAGCCAUCGCCGCUAGUUGUAGAAGGUGACAUGCGUGAGAAUUUUGAAUUCUUUCAAAAAAGCUGGAAGGAUUACGCGAAAGCUAUCGGUAUGGACCGGUGGCCAGUCGAGGAAAAUUCGCAAAAGGUCAGUUUUUUAUUAUCAGUGAUUGGAGAAACUGCGCGUAAGAAGUACUUUAAUUUCGAAUUGACGGAAGCAGAGAAGGCCAACCCAGAAGCCGCACUGGAGGCAAUUCGUUCAAAAGUGGUUACUAAACGGAAUAUUAUAGUCGAUCGGCUUGACUUUUUCUCUGCCGUUCAGAAUACGAAUGAGUGUAUCGACGACUAUGUGUCUCGAUUAAAGAAUCUUGCUAAAAUAGCGCAACUCGGACAGCUGGAGACUGAUUUGAUUACCUAUAAGGUCGUUACUUCCAAUAAAUGGAAAAAAAUGCGAGCAAAGUUGUUGGGCAUUGAAGAUGUUACGCUGUUGAAGGCGAUAGACACGUGCCGCACAGAAGAAAUAACAUCCAUUCGCUGUCCAGAACUCUUCACCGAAACAUUAGAUGUGGAGGUAAAUAAAAUCGAAAAAAAGAAAACUCGUCUACGGAAGCAAGCUCAGCGCUGCAAGUUUUGUGGGGACAAACAUGAUUUUACGAAAGGUUCGUGCCCUGCGUUAGGAAAGCGAUGCCACCGCUGCAAGGGUAAAAAUCACUUUGAGCGAGUGUGCAAGGCUAGUAACACGUCGAGAAACCGCAGAACGAAGAGGGUAAAUGAAGUAAAAGAUGAAUUCGAGCAAAGUGCGUCUAGUGAAAAUGAUACAUCUUCCAACGAGAGUGACACCGAAUGCGAAAUCGGGAAGAUAUGCGACAAUUCUAACAAAGGAGGAAGUGUUUUAGCAGAACUGGAUUUAAAAUUUUCCCAGAAAUGGAAAAAGGUUCAGUGUGAGGUAGAUACCGGUGCGAACACAAGUUUGAUUGGUGUGGACUGGUUGAAGAAACUUAGUGAAUCUGAAAAUGUGAAAAUACAGCCGUCUACACUUCGUCUUCAAAGUUUUGGAGGUUCUCCAAUUAACGUGCUGGGUCAGGUAAAAAUCCCUUGUCGCAGAAAGGGUCGUAGAUUCCGAUUAGUUCUGCAAGUCGUAGAUGUAAAUCAUCGUCCACUGCUUUCAGCAAAAGCGUCACGAAUGCUAGGCUUCGUAAAAUUUUGCAAAUCGGUUGUAUUCGGUAGUGCCAAUGCCAAUCUGUCAUCAGAAGAAUUAUUUAAAGUUUACAGAAUUGAAGCACGGAAAGUAGUUGAGAAGUAUAGCGAACUUUUCCGCGGUUACGGCAAAUUUGCUGGAACAGUAUCACUUGAAGUAGACUCUAACGUUGUUCCAUCAAUCCAGUCUCCACGCCGUGUGCCAAUCGCCAUGCGGGAUAAGCUACAGAAAGAGCUAGAGUCAUUGGAGAAUGAUGGGAUAAUUGUCAAGGAAAAAAUGCACACAGAAUGGGUAAGCAACAUAGUUAUCGUUCAGCGGGCAGGACCUGAAUCAGAAAACAUCAGAAUCUGUCUUGAUCCAAUUCCUCUCAACAAAGCGUUGAAGAGACCCAACCUUCAGUUUAAUACGCUAGAUGAAAUACUCCCUGAACUAGGUAAAGCAAAAGUAUUCUCCACCGUGGAUGCCAAAAAAGGUUUUUGGCAUGUUGAGCUAGACGAAAACAGUAGUAAACUCACCACAUUUUGGACACCGUUUGGACGAUACCGUUGGACGCGCUUGCCAUUCGGUAUUUCGUCAGCUCCAGAGAUUUUUCAGAUGAAGCUUCAAGAAGUAAUUCAAGGUUUAAGUGGUGUCGAAUGCCUAGCAGAUGACCUGCUGGUAUUUGGAAGUGGUGAUACUCUCAAGGAAGCUCUUGAAAAUCACAAUAAGUGUUUACAGAAACUGUUCCAACGUCUCGCGGAACAAAACGUUAAACUAAACAAAUCGAAACUGAAGCUUUGCCAAUCGUCGGUAAAGUUCUACGGUCACGUACUAACAGACAAUGGUCUACAGCCAGACGAAUCAAAAAUUUCCACUAUCCAACAUUUUCCCGUUCCCCUGAAUCGCAAAGAAGUACAUCGUUUCGUCGGUAUGGUGAAUUACCUGAGCAGGUACAUUCCAAACCUGAGUGCUAACUUGACUAAUCUUCGUAAACUGAUAUCGGAAUCGGUUACCUGGAGUUGGGGGAAAGCAGAAGACGACGAAUUUGAAUGCGUUAAACGCCUUGUGUCAGAUGUUAAAACGUUGCGGUACUACAAUCCAAAAGCCCCACUGGUUAUCGAAUGCGACGCUAGUUGCUUUGGACUUGGAGUUGCGGUAUAUCAAAAUGAAGGUGUGAUUGGAUACGCUUCGAGGACACUCACACCUACUGAACGUAACUAUGCACAAAUUGAAAAGGAGCUGCUCGCAAUCUUAUUUGCCUGUGUUCGCUUCGAUCAACUCGUAGUGGGAAAUCCGAAGGUAACUAUUAAAACCGACCAUAAACCUCUAAUCAACGUAUUUCGCAAACCAUUAUUAUCAGCACCAAGACGACUUCAACAUAUGUUGCUCAACUUGCAACGUUAUAAUUUGGAAAUUAAAUUUGUUACGGGCAAGGACAAUGUUGUGGCCGAUACGUUGUCUCGAGCGCCGUUCGACGACAAAGAACUGAAAAAGGACUUCAAAAAGCUUAAUAUAUACAAAGUGUUUCACGAUGUUGAGGACAUACAACUUUCACGUUUCUUGAAUGUCUCCGAUAGUUGUCUAGCUGAAAUAAAAAAAGAAACGGAACAAGACUAUACUCUACAAAUGGUUGCAGAGUUUGUGCGACGAGGAUGGCCCAAGUCCAUGGUUCAUCUUCCUGAUGCAACUAAAAUUUAUUUUAACUGUCGCAGCGAAUUGUCUACUCAGGACGGCAUAGUUUUUCGAGACGAUCGUAUAGUUGUUCCCUACAAGAUACGAAGAAAACUAAUCGAAAAAUGUCAUACUAGUCACAACGGAACUGAAGCAACGUUGAAGUUGGCCAGAGCAAAUCUCUUUUGGCCAGGAAUGAGCAGCCAGAUCAAAGAUUGGGUCAAACAAUGCAACGUGUGUGCUAAGUAUGCUGCAUCACAGCCUAAUCCUCCAAUGUUGAGCCAUGGAAUACCGGUCUAUCCAUUCCAACUUGUUUCAAUGGACGUCUUUUUCUGUGAAUAUCAAGGAAAAAAUCAGAAAUUCUUGGUAACAGUCGACCAUUACUCCGACUUCUUCGAAGUUGACAUUUUAAAAGAUCUAACACCUGAAUCAGUCAUCGCUGCCUGCAGAAAAAAUUUUGCCCGUCACGGUAAACCACAACGAAUUCUUACUGACAAUGCUACGAAUUUUAUAAACCAGAAAAUGGCAAGUUUUACAGCUGAAUGGGACAUAGAACACAUCACGUCAGCACCACACCACCAGCAAGCAAAUGGUAAGUCCGAGGCAGCAGUAAAGAUCGCAAAACGUUUGCUGAAAAAGGCAGCAGACACAAACACGGAUUUCUGGUUUGCACUUUUGCACUGGCGAAAUAUUCCUAACAACGUCGGCUCAAGUCCAGUGGCACGUCUGUUUUCCCGAUCUACACGCUGUGGAAUUCCUACUUCAGCAGCUAAAUUACUCCCGAAAGUUGUUGAAAAUGUACCCGCUUCAAUCGAGAACAACAGAAGGAAAACUAAACUGCACUACGAUAAGAAAACACGAAACCUACCUAUUCUACAAACUGGCUCACCAGUUUUUGUUCAACUCAAUCCUGAGACAUCAAAGCUGUGGACUCCGGGGAAAAUUACAUCUUGCCUAAACGAUCGAUCUUAUGUGGUACAAGUAGAUGGAGCAAACUAUCGCCGAAGCCUGAAACACCUUAAGCCGCGUAAGGAACCUGAUACGUCGCCCGACCGUUCUUCGCCGAAGAAAAGUUUUUUUGUACAACCGGGAGAAAAUCUAAACCGUAGUGAUUCUUCCUGUGUAAACAACAAUUUGGACUUAUCGCCGGACUUUCAAAUGGAUGUUUUGCACUCGUCGCCUGCUUCGAUGGAUUAUCUGCCGUGUCAGUCACCAAGGUUGCCAAAUAUUCCGAAUCUUGCUCCGAAUGUAUCUGCUACUGCGCCAUCUGGAUGUCAAUCGCCAAAACCUGUUUCUGAACAACGGGAAUGCAGACCAAAAAGAGCGUCACGUUUACCAGUUAAAUUUAAUGAUUAUCAAGUUGAGUUCAAAUAG